CGUCCCAGUGAGGCCGAAGGACCAGGUCCGCGCCGGGCAGCCGUGGCCAGGAUGGGCCGGAAGGUGACCGUGGCCACCUGCGCGCUCAACCAGUGGGCCCUGGACUUCGAGGGCAACUUGCAGAGGAUUUUAAAGAGCAUCGAAAUUGCUAAACAGAAGGGAGCAAGGUACAGACUUGGACCGGAACUGGAGAUAUGCGGCUACGGAUGCUGGGAUCAUUAUUACGAGUCGGACACCCUCUUGCACUCGUUCCAAGUGCUGGCUGCCCUCCUGGAGUCUCCGGUCACUCAGGACAUCAUCUGUGACGUGGGAAUGCCCGUGAUGCACCGGAACGUGCGCUACAACUGCAGGGUGAUAUUUCUCAACAGGAGAAUCCUGCUCAUCAGACCCAAGAUGGCCCUGGCAAACGAAGGGAACUACCACGAGAUGCGCUGGUUCACCCCGUGGUCCAGGAGCCGGCAGACGGAGGAGCACUUCCUCCCUCGGAUGAUCCGGGACCUGACGAAGCAGGAGACUGUGCCCUUUGGGGACGCAGUGCUGGCCACCCGGGACACCUGCAUCGGCAGCGAGAUCUGCGAGGAGCUCUGGACGCCCCACAGCCCACACAUCGACAUGGGCCUGGACGGCGUGGAGAUUUUCACCAACGCCUCCAGCAGUCACCACGUGCUGCGCAAAGCCCACACCAGGGUGGACCUGGUCACCAUGGCCACCACCAAGAGCGGCGGGAUUUACCUGCUGGCCAACCAGAAGGGCUGUGACGGAGACCGGCUCUACUACGACGGCUGCGCCAUGGUCGCCAUGAACGGCCGCGUGUUCGCCCAGGGAGCCCAGUUCUCGCUGGACGACGUGGAAGUCCUCACCGCCACCUUGGAUUUGGAGGACGUCAGAAGCUACAGGGCGGAGAUGUCGUCACGAAAUCUGGCGGCCAGCCGGGCGAGCCCCUACCCCCGCGUGAAGGUGGACUUUGCCCUCUCUCACCACGAGGACCUGCUGGAGCCGCUGUCCGAGCCCGUGGAGUGGAAAUACCACAGUACCAGCGAGGAGAUCAGCCUCGGGCCCGCUUGCUGGCUCUGGGAUUUUUUACGACGAAGCCAACAGGCCGGGUUUUUCCUGCCCCUGAGCGGCGGGGUGGACAGCGCGGCCACCGCCUGCCUCGUCUAUUCCAUGUGCCGCCAGGUCUGCGAGGCCGUGAAGACGGGAAAUCAGGAGGUGCUGGCCGACGUCCGGGCCGUCGUGAGCCAGGCCAGCUACACCCCCCAGGACCCGAGGGAGCUCUGUGGACGCCUCCUGACCACCUGCUACAUGGCCAGCGAGAACUCCUCCCAGGACACGAGCGACCGGGCCCGAGAGCUGGCGCAGCAGAUCGGGAGCCACCACAUCGGCCUCGGCAUCGACCCCGCCGUGAAGGCCGUCGUGGGCAUCUUCAGCCUGGUGACGGGGAAAAGGCCCCUGUUUGCGGUUCACGGAGGAAGCAGCCGGGAGAACCUGGCCCUGCAGAACGUGCAGGCUCGACUGAGGAUGGUCAUCGCCUAUCUCUUCGCUCAGCUGAGCCUCUGGUCUCGGGGUGCUCCAGGUGGACUUCUGGUGCUGGGAUCGGCCAACGUGGACGAGAGCCUCCUGGGCUAUCUGACCAAGUACGACUGCUCCAGCGCGGACAUCAACCCCAUCGGCGGGAUCAGCAAGACGGACCUGCGGGCCUUCAUCCAGUUCUGCGUCGAGCGCUUCCAGCUCCCCGCCCUGCAGCGCAUCCUGGCCGCGCCGGCCACCGCGGAGCUGGAGCCCUUGGCCGACGGACAGGUGUCCCAGACUGACGAGGAAGACAUGGGGAUGACGUACGCGGAGCUCUCGGUCUACGGGACGCUCCGGAAGGUGGCCAAGACCGGGCCCUACAGCAUGUUCUGCAAACUGCUGCACCUGUGGAGAGACCUCUGCAGCCCUCGGCAGGUGGCUGACAAGGUGAAGCAGUUCUUCUCCAAGUACUCCCUGAACCGGCACAAGACGACCACGCUCACGCCCGGGUACCACGCCGAGCGCUACAGCCCCGACGACAACCGCUUCGACCUGCGGCCCUUUCUCUACCGCGCCGGCUGGCCCUGGCAGUUCCGCUGCAUAGAAAACCAGGUUCUGCAGCUGGAGAGGAGGGAGCGGCAGGACGUGGACGGCGUGGACUGACGGGCCUGCGUGGAGGGCCCAUGUGACCUCAGCCUUGCUGGUGACCUUGAGCGGAGCUGUGCCCUCUCUGCCCUGAGCCCGCAGCGUGUCCACACAUCUUGUUCCACGUUUCAAGGGAGAGGGACCUUUCUGUUCCUUAGAAGAGGGUUGGAAUAAAGAGAGUGUGAUUUU